GACAGUGUGCGUGCAUGACUGUUCAGGCGGGCAUCUCAACCCAUCGCAAGCUUUCCUCUAGGUGACCUUGGGCUGAGCUCCGUGUGCUUGCUUGGAGAGCUGUUGAUUUACAAUGCAGAUUCACCGGUCCUCGCCUGCCUGCCCCUGCCCCUCCUAAAUUUGGCUGGGAUAUAAUAGGCUGUUUGCUUUCUGAUGCCAACAGUGGCAAUGGCAGAGAGCCCUGCCAUGUGAGAGGCAGAGAUAGAGGAGAGGGGGCCAAGGAGGAGCAAACUGUGCAGCUGCUAUUGCUUCUGGUGGCUGAGGAGCGCAUCUUCGGGACAGAAUGUCAAUGCUUAACCCUGUCCUACAGCCCCCAGAGGUGAAGGAGUAUCUAUCGAAGGGUGAGCGCUUCAUCAGAUGGGAUGAUGAAACAGCAAGUGCUUCUCCUGUGAUUCUUCGAGUGGAUCCAAAGGGAUUUUACUUAUACUGGACGUAUCAGAAUAAGGAAAUGGAAAUUUUGGAUAUAACCAGCAUCAGAGAUACCCGAGUGGGGCGAUAUGCAAAAAUCCCCAAGUGCCAGAAGCUCCGAGAGGUUUUUAACUUGGAUUACCCUCACAGCACCUUCCUGCUUAAGACUCUGACUAUUGUAUCUGGCCCUGACAUGGUUGACCUCACUUUCCAUAACUUUGUGUCCUACAAGGAGAAUGUUGGCAAGAGCUGGGCUGAGGAUAUUAUGGCCAUUGUUCGGAAUCCCCUCACAUACAACGCUUCUCGGUACACCUUCCUAGAGAAAAUCCUGGUGAAGCUGAAGAUGCAGCUUAAUGCAGAGGGGAAAAUUCCUGUCAGGAAUAUUUUUCAGAUGUUUCCUGCAGACAGGAAGAGGGUUGAAGCAGCAUUAACCGCUUGUCAUCUUCCAAAGGGCAAGAAUGAUGCCAUCAACCCAGAGGACUUCCCUGAGACAGUGUAUAAAACUUUCCUCAUGAAUCUGUGUCCACGGCCUGAGAUUGAUGAGAUAUUUACCUCACACCAUUUAAAAGCAAAGCCCUACAUGACCAAAGAGCACUUGGCAAAGUUUAUCAAUAAGAAGCAGCGAGACUCUCGCCUCAAUGACAUCCUCUUCCCACCAGCCAAACCUGAGCAGGUGCAGAGCCUGAUAGAGAAGUAUGAGCCCAGUGGGAUUAACAUCCAGAGAGGGCAGUUGUCUCCAGAGGGGAUGGUCUGGUUUCUCUGUGGCCCUGAGAACAAUGUGAUAGCACUGGACAAAUUGCAGCUGUACCAGGACAUGACCCAGCCACUCUCACACUACUUCAUCAAUUCAUCACACAACACAUAUUUAACAGCUGGUCAGUUUUCUGGGAUCUCAUCUCCUGAAAUGUAUCGCCAGACACUGCUGGCUGGCUGCCGCUGCGUGGAGCUGGAUUGCUGGAAGGGUCGUCCCCCGGAUGAGGAGCCAAUCAUCACUCAUGGGUUCACCAUGACAACUGAGAUCCUCUUCAAGGAUGCCAUUGAGGCCAUUGCAGAAAGUGCUUUUAAAACAUCUCUCUACCCUGUCAUCCUGUCCUUUGAGAACCAUGUGGACUCGCCCAAGCAGCAGGCAAAGAUGGCUGAGUACUGCCGAACCAUAUUUGGAGAUAUGCUGCUGACAGAGCCGCUGGAAAAAUACCCACUGAAGCCAGGAGUUCCUCUGCCAAGUCCUAAGGAUCUCUUAGGGAAAAUCUUGAUUAAGAACAAAAAGAACCAAUCUAUAUCUGGGAAGAGGCAGAACUCUCUGAAGAAAGGGAGGAAUGUGGAACCAGAAAUCGUCGAGCAGCCAGCCCCUAUGGAUGCUGAAGUCUGGGCAGGUGAUGUGGCUGAAGAGGAACCAGAGGAAGAGGAUGUACUUCUUGGAAACCUGGAUGAAGAGGAAAUUAAAAAGAUGCAGUCAGAUGAGGGCACUGCUGGUUUGGAAGUGACAGCAUACGAGGAAAUGUCCAGCCUAGUUAAUUACAUACAGCCUAUCAAAUUUGACUCCUUUGAAGUCUCUGCCCAGAAGAACCGGAGUUAUGUCAUCUCUUCCUUCACAGAGCUGAAGGCUUAUGAUCUACUAACCAAGUUCCCUACACAGUUUGUAGAAUACAACAAGCGACAGAUGAGCCGGAUUUACCCCAAAGGCACCCGGAUGGACUCCUCUAAUUACAUGCCCCAGAUGUUCUGGAAUGUCGGCUGUCAGAUGGUGGCACUGAACUUCCAGACCAUGGAUGUCCCUAUGCAGCAGAACAUGGCUCUGUUUGAGUUCAAUGGCCAGUGUGGCUAUCUGCUCAAGCAUGAAUUCAUGCGGCGUCCAGACAAGCAGUUUGACCCCUUCUCUGUGGACCGCAUGGAUGUGGUGGUGGCAAGUACCCUGUCUGUCACGAUACUCUCUGGUCAGUUCCUCUCAGACCGCAGUGUGAAGACAUAUGUGGAAGUAGAGCUGUUUGGGUUGCCAAGGGACACAAAACGCAAAUACAGAACCAAACUGACCUCCACUGCUAAUUCCAUUAACCCUGUGUGGAAAGAGGAGGCUUUUGUUUUUGAAAAGAUCAUGAUGCCCGAGUUGGCGUCUCUCAAAAUUGCGGCUUGGGAGGAAGGAGGGAAGUUCAUUGGUCAUCGUGUCAUUCCUGUUAUUGCAGUGCACUCAGGCUAUCACCAUGUUUGUCUCCGCAGUGAAAGUAACAUGCCACUCACCAUGCCUUCUCUAUUUGUGUACCUGGAAAUAAAGGACUAUGUUCCUGAUGCUUGGGCAGAUCUGACUAUUGCUCUCUCCAACCCCAUUAAGUUCUUCAGUCUGCAAGACAAAAGAUCAGUUCAGCUAAAAGAUGGCUCAGUGGAGAGGCUUGGCACACAGAGGAACUUCCCAUCUGCUGAAACUAAUGGGAUACCAGACUCCACUGGGAAAUUCAGCACUCCUCUUUCUAAUGGGCCUGCAGGAGCAGCGGCAUUUGCCAAGGACGAAAAUGUGAUAGAAGUGAUGCAGAUUGCAGAGCCUCAAACAGCCAGCCUCGUAGAACUGCAGCAGAUGAAGCUGUUUCUGAAGCUGCUGAAGAAACAGGAGAAGGAACUGAGGGAGUUGGAGCGGAAAGGAAGUAAACGGAGGGAGGAGCUGCUGCAGAAAUAUUCUGUACUCUUUUCAGACCCUGUCUGCUAUGGAUGCAAGAAAAGGAUGAUACACACUAGGAAGACACAGAAGAAGAGGAGUUUGACAACAGGUGAUGUUGGUACAUGUGCAAAUCCUGUAGAAAUGGCUGAAAGCAUCGAUAGCCGAAUUUUGGAACUGAGAGAGAGGCUGGAGAUGGACCUCAUCCACCUGGGAGAGGAACACCAUGAUGGGAUUCGAAGAAAGAAAGAACAGCAUGCAACAGAGCAAGUUACCAAGAUAAUAGAGCUAGCCAGAGAGAAGCAGACAGCUGAGCUGAAGGCACUGAAGGAGUCAUCAGAAAGCAACAUUAAAGACAUUAAGAAGAAGCUGGAGGCAAAGAGAGUGGACCGAAUCCAAACCAUGAUGAGGAAUACAAGUGACAAGGUGGCUCAGGAGAGGUUGAAGAAAGAAAUUAAUAACUCUCACAUUCAGGAAGUGGUGCAAACAAUCAAACUGGUGACACAAAAGACAGCCAUGUAUCAGCAGAAACUGGAAGAGAAGCAGGCAGACAAUCUGAGAACAAUCAAGGAGAAAGAAAGUCAGCUCCAGCAGGAGGCACUGGCAGAGUAUGAGGAGAAAUUGAAAACUCUGAAUAUGGAGGUGCAGGAGAUGGUGAAGAACUACGCGAAACCAGGCUUUCCUGGAGAGCCUGAGAUGCAGAAGGAAGCAGUUCAGAGUGUUCCUGAGGGAGAACAAGGGUCUACAGAACAACUGAAAGAGAAGAUCCCAGUGGUAGAGGUGUCAAGGCUCACAAUAGCUGUGCCUGAGCCCCCAGGAGCUGAAACAGAUGUCGAGAUCGAAGAAAGCAUAUUCUGAGAGAUGCUUGCCUUACUGUUCCACUUCAAGAAGAUUUAUGGAGAUAUAUAGUGAAGUUAAAGACUACCUUGACAGACUACUCUCCCUUUCCGCUCUGGGGAACUCCUGAAAUCCUUCAGGAAUUUACUACUUCAUUAUGCUAGAUACUGGAAGUAGUCUGAAGAGAUCACCCUUCAGAGAGCACUUCGCGCUCUUUGUCUUCCAAGCCUUAGCACUAAGGUAUUUAAGCAGCAUGAAAGGGCCUGUGCCUGAAGACAAGCUGGUUGUUGGCAUUGACAGCAGCAUCUACAUUAAUAUUUUAGCCUGGAUUUAGACUUCAGUUUUGAGAGUAAGUUCCCUCAUCAUUCAUCACACACAUCUCUUCACAUCAGUGUGGUCUCAGAGCUAGAUCCCUUUGAACAAAAGUUAACUGAGAGACACUCUCCAGUAGCCCACCUAAUAUGCUUCUACCAACUGAGAGCUAGCCCAGAAUAAAGCUUCCUGAAAUACCUGUAAGUGUGGGUGCAGGUGCUCAGCAAAAACUGUUGUCUUCUAAAGCGCCAUUCCUUCUGGCAACACUACCUGCUAAUGUAGACACAGCCUCUGGUUAUAGGAGGAAAGGUCAGUUUGAUAGAACCUCAUAC